AUGCCAGACUUAUUUGACAACUUAUUUAACAGAAUAGGAACCAAAAUUAAUGGUGGUAAGACGACACACCACUACCAAGGGUCGUCGCAAGUGAACACAGGUAGAUUCUACAGUUUCCAUGAAAAUGGUACUAACAACAAGUACUGGAUGCCUACCUCAAAGAGCUUCGAUAAUACUAUUGAUAAGAUUGAUGACACUAAUACGAAGAAGGAAAGAAUGAAUAGUGAUGCUUCGGUUGGGUCAGAAGGCUUGGUGAUGCCUAGAUCCAGAAUGAAUAGUGCUGCAUCAGAUGUGCUGGAGAGCCUGGACACCUAA